ACCCAGGAGUGGAAUCUACAGAGAAACCGGAGGGGUCAAAGGACACAGAUCACGUGAAGGGAAACAGGUGAAGCCCUGGAGUCAGCAACCUGAGCUAGCAGUGUCCUGCAGCAGUCCCCAUGGCCUGCCUGAGUCCCUCACAGCUCAAAAAGUUUCAGGAGGAUGGGUUUCUGCUGUUGGAAGGAUUCUUGACAGCAGAAGAGUGUGUGGUCAUGCAACAGAGAAUUGGUGAGAUUGUGGCGGAGAUGGACGUCCCUCUGCACUGUCAGACAGAGUUUUCCACCCAGGAAGAGGAACAGCUUCAAACUCAGGGCAACACAGACUAUUUCUUGAGCAGUGGUGACAAGAUUCGAUUCUUCUUUGAGAAAGGUGUUUUUGACAAGAAAGGAAAUUUCUUGGUCCCUCCAGAGAAAUCUAUCAACAAAAUUGGCCAUGCUCUGCAUGCCCAUGACCCUGUCUUCAGGAGUGUGACGCAUUCUCCCAAGGUGCAGGCUUUGGUCAGAAGUUUGGGCCUCCAGCUGCCAGUGGUGGUGCAGAGUAUGUAUAUCUUUAAGCAACCUCACUUUGGCGGCGAAGUCUUCCCUCAUCAAGAUGCUACCUUUCUGUAUACGGAGCCCCUGGGCCGAGUGCUGGGCGUGUGGAUUGCGAUGGAAGACGCCAUGCUGGAGAACGGCUGCCUCUGGUUCAUCCCUGGUUCCCAUACUAGUGGGGUGUCAAGAAGAAUGAUUAGAGCCCCUGCAGGUUCCAGGCCUGCCACCAGCUUCCUUGGGUCAGAGCCAGCCUGGGAUAACAACCUCUUUGUGCCUUUGCCAGUGCGGAGAGGGGGUCUGGUCCUGAUCCAUGGACAAGUGGUGCAUAAGAGUGAGCAGAACCUCUCCGACCACUCACGCCAGGCCUAUACUUUCCACCUCAUGGAGGCCGCGGAGGGCACUGUCUGGAGCCCAGAGAAUUGGCUCCAGCCUACAACUGAGCUGCCUUUCCCCCCACUGUAUAUCUAAAGGCCCUGGCAGAACUGGGCUGGUCCGCCAUGGAGGAGCGAAGCUGUCAACACCAGGGCCACUGGCUGCAACCCAAGGGCACAUCUUUCUGUAUGGGCUUUCUUUCUGAUGGUGUCUGUGACCCUUGGUCCAGUAGACAGGGAGCCAAGAAGCACAAGUGGCAGGCAGCAGCCCAGGCUGGGAGAAGAGCUCCCUACACAAUGUUGCCCCUCUGUCACCUUUCUGUCCUAACCCAGCCUUCUGAAGUGACCUCUCAGCAGUAAAAGGAUUCUGGUUGAGUUCUAAUUUUGUUCUUGGAUGGAAGUCAGUGUAAAGCACCGAAUAAAAAUGACUUAAAGUAUA